UUACAUUUCGUCAUAUUAAAAGAGAUCACUUCGCAAUGCAUUAUCUGUGUCGCCACGUGAUCAAUGAUUAUCUACUGUAGAAUUAACGUUUAGAUAUGAAUAUCAUUAAAAUCUUUCAAUGAGAUGAUGACAUAUAAUAGAGAUUUUCGAUACGCUUUCAACAAUAUUGAUAUUAAUUUCGACGAUAUUAAUCAGAAAUAAUUGUUGCAUCACUUUCAUGAAAAAUUCGCGACAAAUAUUGAAGGUUUACAUUUUAUUGGUGCAUAAAAUUUACCACUUAUUUCCUAUUAACUCAUCAAGGACAUAUUGAUCGAAGUAAAUGUCAAUUCCGGUAAAGAGAAACUGUCGAUGAAGAAGCUUACUUUUCAGAGCCAUUCUCUCACGUAUUUUGAAUUGCCAACGGAAACUUAAGACAAUUUAUCUUUUCAGUCGUAUGAUUAAGUAUGAAAAUGAAGAAUAAUGAGAAUAAAGAUAAUGUCUUCUAGAAUUCUCUAAUAAAAAAAAAUGCAUUCCGAUAAUUAAUUAAAACGCAGAAAACAAAUUACUUUGCUUAUACUAGAAGUGCCAAGCGGUCAUUAUUGAUUGCUUCCAUUUUUUAAAUUAAUAUUAUAUUUUUUAUGCAAAAAAUAGAAUUCUGAAAUUUUUUGACUUUUUGAAUUAUGUCCUUGUAUAUAAUUAUAUUAAUAUAAUUAUAUUAUGUCUUUAUAUCGAAGUAUUUGACUUUUCAUCACUUUUUUUGUUUUCGUAGUAAUUUAUUCAUUCCUUUCAUUAAUGAAUAGAAAACGUAUUUCUAAGGCACAAUUAUCCGGAGAGGCUAUCAGUACUGCGUUGGUAUUUUUAAAGUACAUAUACGGGCAGACUAUCAGCGCUGUUGCGAUAAUCAUUCUAUCCUUGUUUUAUGUCUAGACAUUACGUCUAUCUAAAGAUAGAAUGUAAUGCAGUAAGCGCCGACAGUGCAUGCUUUCCCAAUGCACCUUUGUUAAACGCUAUUUUUGAGUGAUGACUUUGUUCCUAAAAUUUUCUACGCAAUUGUAAAUGAAAUAAGAACAUGAUAGUGCAUUCAGCUCCAAUAUCGCAAAUAUGUAUUUUUCUUGGCCGAAGUGUUUCAAGUUCACCGCUAACUAAGAGAACAGUUAUGCAACCUGUGCGAAAAAAUUACUUCUUCGAACGCAACGUACGUUGUUAUUUUUUUUGCAACAGUAUUUCGCAGUGAAACAGUAGCAUACACUCACAUUGUCAUGUUAAAUGGUAAGCAAUUAUAUGUUGAUUAACAUGUAGUUGACACAUGAUGUAUAUAUGUCUCGUAUUAUUUCGCGUUGUUGUUGGACGUGUAAUUUUGUGAGAAUCGCAAUUACUCUCGAAAGAGAAUAUACCGAUCUUUUUAUAUUAAAAAAUUUUUUAUCUCUGAAAGUGAUUUAAAUUUAACUUGCUAUAAACCCGAUCGAGAGAGCACUUUGACAUUUUCCUUUAAACAAGCAUCAGCCUCUCGAGAGUCCUCGGUUUCUUUCUUUCCUUCCCAGUUUCGCAGAAUACAGGCGAUUUAAAUCGAAUAAUUUCGAGACGACUUCGUACUCCUCGGAUGUUAAAUGUCAAUCGAAGUUACGACGUAAUUGUCCGUUCUGGCUUAAUCGCGUUUUGAAACCGCUGCGUUUUGAAACCGCCGUCGCGUUUCCUUUGACGAUCAAGAUUGCGCCGUGAAUGCUGAUCCUCUCCUGUCGGAUUAAAUGCCGCAUCUCUGCUAAACGGGUUUGCGGAGUGGCAUUAUAACGCCAUUGAGCGCCGCGCGCAAGCGGGUUAAUAGGUAUAGUUUAAUUUAUCGGUUGUCAUCGCUCGACGGGAGCGUCGUGGGGAAUCCGCAAGAGCCGAGAAGAUCCGGAUGCCUCGCAUUAUCGAAGAGCUCCAGGGAUGGCGGCGAGCCUCGUUCCAAAGUUCCAGGCAACGCGCGAUAUAAUCGACAAAUCCUACAUCCCAAUGAGGCGAAACGCAGAAGAUGUUCAAGCCGAACGGCAAAUCCAGGAGGGCGAGUACGAUCCCUUCGCCGAUCGCCCAUCCGCACCUUUGACCUCAGAUUUCGCCGUGUUCAUGCAUCUGCUGAAGUGCGCGAUCGGCACGGGCAUACUCUUCCUGCCGCACGCCUUCAGGAGGACCGGCUACGGGUUCUCCAUUGUCUGCGGCACCGUCAUCGGCAUGCUGUGCAUUCACACGGCCGUUAUCAUCGUGCAGUGCUCCCAGGCGUUAUGCAGGCGUAAUCGCGUGCCCAUGCUGGAUUUCGCCGAAACGGCGCAGUUCUCCUUCCAGGCGGGCCCGGAGAGGAUUCGAAAGUACGCCAGGCUAUUCGGCGUAGUUACCAACGUGAUCAUUUGCUUCGUGCACUUUCAGGCCUCCGUGAUAUACAUCUUGUACGUGGCCACGUCGUUCCAACAGGUGAUAGAAUUUUUCGCGGAUCUCGAGAUGGAUCCGCGCGUCUACAUCGUCAUCUUCUUUCCCUUCACCUGCGUCCUGGGCUUCGUGCCGAAUCUGAAGUAUCUGGCGCCGUUCUCCGUCAUCGGCACCUUCUUCCUGUUCCUCGGCGUCUGCACCGCGCUCUACUACUUCCUGGACGAUGUCCCCGAUCCCCGUAGGCUCGACGUCGUGACGCAGGUCCUGCCUGUGCCAAUGUACUGCGCCAUUUUCCUGUUCGCCCUGCACAAUAUGACCCUCUACCUGCCGCUGGAGAACACGAUGAGGCAUCCCGGUCAUAUGCCGCGCCUGAUCGUCGCCAGCACCUCGCUCAACACCGUCAUAUACCUGACUUUCGGCUUCCUCGGCUACAACAAGUACCCGGACGCCUGCGACACCGUCAUCAAGAACUUACCAAUGGAGGAGACCCUGGCCCAAGUAGUCAAGAUUGCCAUUUCCUUGUCGGUCCUGUUUACCUUCGGUUUAGCGUACUACGUCCCGAUGAGCGUGCUGUGGCCCUUGAUCCGCUCGAGAAUCGCCACGAAGAGCUCGCUGCAUCAACGUCUUUACGAAAGCUCGCUCCGUUUAGGCGGCUUAAUCGGCACCACGCUGCUGGCCAUCGCCGUGCCCCAAAUGGUACCCUUGCUGGGCCUGUUCUCCGCCUUGGGCAUGUCGACGAUCAUGCUGCUGAUACCCAUACUAAUCGAGACGACGACCAAGUGGGCGGAAGUCACGAGGACGAUGCUCGCGAAGAACAUCGCUAUUUUCAUCGUGUGGCUGCUGAUCUUGAUUUUUGGGACGAUAGAGAGCACCUGGUCAAUUGUUAGAGAAUACAGAGGAACGAAGCAAGAAGAAUGUUGAUUGAUAGCCUGUCAAACUUGAAAGACACUUUUAGCACAAAAUUAUGCUUCCUGCGAUAAUGUCAUUCGCUACGCAAAACAGUCUGAUGUCACCUGAGGAAGCGGAGAAUCAUGUAGUAUAGCCACAAAAAGAACGAAGGACUCGCCGCGGAGCAGCGAAGCGAAUAAUGAAAGCGGAAAAAUACACGAAAAAUCUUUAUGACAAUUAA